GAUUUGGAUUUUUCAUUCUAGAUUUUCUGAACAAUGGAAGUACAAAACUUGUGAGAAAAGUGGCUUUUUUUAAGGGAAAAAAAAACACCUGUAGGAAAAGUAGAGGACUUGGGGUAAACAAUGCAAGAAGUCGUUCUGGGUUUUGGAACUUCAACAGUUUGAACUUAUUCAUGCGGAUGUUCUGGCAUUCAUUUUUCUAGAAUUUCAGGCUUUUUGAGAUUCCCAGGGAAUCUCUUGGGAUAUGGAUUUUGAUUUUUGUUGCCAACCAAGUGUGAAUGAAUUUUUGGGAUUUUAGCCGUUGAACAAGACCAGCAAUAGUCCCAUCAGUUUCAAUAAAGACAGCCUGUUAUGUCGCUUGUUAAGGGUUUUCUUUCUUUUGUUUUUAUUUCUUCUCUUUUUCCCUUUUCUGAUUCAAGUCUCAAGAAUCUCAAGUGUCUGGUUAGCUUUUGUUGUACAGUUGUAGUUAGCCAGCACACUGAUCCUACGUUUGAAUCACCAAAAAGUUCAAAAAAACAACUUGGCAUUCAUGUGCUUUAUAAGCUUUCAUUAAAAAAAAACAUAAAUUUCGAUGCCUCUUCCGAUUGUUCCUUCUUCCUUUUGCUUGUUUGUUAUUUGAAAAGCAGGUCUAAUGCGAUACGGGUUUUGGAGGGUUUCAAUGGGUUGAUGCUUAUUGACAAUGCGCUUGUUCUGGUGGCAACAGCUGCCUCUGCUUUUACUGAUCCAACUUUUGGAACCCGGCAGAACAGGCUACAAAAUAUAUGCUGAAGCUCUACAAACUUUCAAGAGCAGAGUUGGAGGUCCUCAACUAUUCAAUGGUCAAAUCCGAAGAUAUCCAUGUCUAAGACAAUGGAAAAUUGUCAACUGCCAUAAGGACCGCAGGUUUUCUGGUAUCCAUUCAGUUCCUCGGCGGGCUAACACAGUCAAUUUGUCCCCAUUUUCUCCAAGACUUGUUGUUGCACACUCUUCAAUUCAAUUACAAAAAGAGCUCCAUAAACCAAGAAACAGGAGGAUAGCAGCCAUAGUUGAUGGGGAUAAUGGUGCUCCAACACUCACACCUGUGCAAGAAGCACGUGGUAACAAUCUAAGAAAACAGAAAGUUGCAGCACUUAUUGGUGGAGUUGCUGCAGCUCUGCUUGUGGUUAUCAUAGUGGUGAUUGUUUACAUCUGUUUGAUGCGUGUGAAAAGAUUCAUUAGACGAACAUCUGAAACAGAGUCAUCCGUACCAUCACCUCCUGUUGAAUGGGAAAGAAGGAAUAUGUCUCCCUACGCCGUUGCUCUCUCUGUGUAUAAUACACAGAACUUGAGACAACUCACCAUAUUGGAACUGGAACAAGCGACAUGCAAUUUCAAUGAAAUUAAUAUCAUAGGCCAAUGUAGAUUUGGUUUGGUCUACAAGGGAUUGCUGCAAGAUGGAUCUAUUGUAGCUAUCAAGAGACGUCUACAUGCCCCAACUCAGUACUUCUUUCAUGAGGUGAAGCGCAUAGCUCAUGUCAACCACGUGCAUAUUCUCAGGCUUAUUGGUUAUUGUCAAGAUGCUAGUCAACAGUUACUUGUCUAUGAAUAUUUUCCCAAUGGGAAUGUUGGAAAUCAUCUUUAUGAUGCCGAAGGUUUACCUAUUGGAAAGUUGGGCAUAAGACAAAGGUUAUCGAUUGCUUUGGGAGCAGCUAAAGGACUUGCGCAUCUUCACAAUUUGGUGCCUCCUCUCCUGCACAUGUAUUUCAGGACAAGCAAUGUUCUACUGGAUGAAAACUUUACUGCCAAGGUGUCUGAUUAUGGACUAACCAAAUUGCUAGUUAAGGGUCAUCAUGCCGGAUCAUCUUCCACCAUAGAUUACUUUCUUGACCCGGAGUUAGACUUAUCAAAGAAAUUUUCAGAGAAAAGUGAUGUGUACAGUUUUGGGGUCUUCUUACUGGAAUUGAUCAGUGGACGUGAGGCGAAUGGAAGAAUCCAGUUAAGCUCAGGGGAUAAUUUAAUACUGCAGGCGAAGGGUUGCAAUGAUUUGGGCAGAUUUGUUGAUAGAACAUUAGGUGACAACUCAAUGCAAGCUGCAAAGCAAAUGAUGGAGUUGGCAUUGAUGUGCAUAGAUGCUAGUCAGCAAAGGCUGCAAAUGCAGAUUGUCGUUGAAGAGCUAGAAAGAAUUCAUCGAGCGAGCGAAAUUAGCCACUUUCAUGUAGAAGUUGAUGAGGCGAUAGGUGCUGUGACUCUUGGGAGUGAGCUUUUCAAAUGAACCUCCCUGUA